GUAAGCACACGGAACAAAUAAAAGAUCUUGAAAGUAGCAUCUCUGAUAAGCCCAGAAUUGGUUGCCAUUUUGCUGAGAAAAGUCGUGGAGUUAAAAAACGCCAUUGUUUCUCGACAGUUAAUCUAUUAAUGGAGUUCGGUUAAAUGGUGUCUAUUAUAAAUUAAAAAUCCGGUAGACCGUGUGCAAUAGUGAUUUAAGUGAAGAUUGUGCAUUGUACCGAAAGCUGGGAAGGAAUUAGCGUCCGAACUUGGCAGACUGCUGGUUCCCUUGAUGUGUGGAUAAACUUCAACAAUGGAUUCACACCAGCCAGAAGAACUUCCUGUAAAUCCGCGUGAAAAAGCGAACCUUUUAUCUAAUAUAUUUUUCUGUUUCACUAUACCUAUAUUCUCCAAAGGGCGAAAGAAAGAUUUUGGAACAAAAGAUCUCUAUCAACCCCUAAAGGAGCAUCGGUCUGGUCACUUAGGAGAUGCACUUUCUGCAGCUUGGGAACAAGAAGUUGGUAAGGAUCGAAAAGACGAUGAGAAUGGGAUGAUGAUUCUUAGAGCUAUACUGAAGGUGUUCGGUGGUGAAAUUACUAUGUUAGGAGUAACAAUAUUUUGCCUGGAAUUCUGUGUGAAAGUCACUCAGCCCCUGUUUUUGGGAAGCCUCGUUGCGUUUUAUUCGAGAAAAUCUGGUAGCAUUUCGGACGCAUACUUAUAUGCUGGAGCAGUUGUCAUGUGCAGCGCAAUUAACGUUUUGGUAUAUCAUUCAUACAUGCUGAACCAAAGGCAUUGUGGGAUGAAGCUACGGAUUGCAUUGAUAAGUAUGAUCUACAGGAAAGCUCUACGUUUGACCACAACUGCAUUGGGAAAUUCAACGACAGGCCAAAUCGUGAACCUCCUCUCAAACGAUGUUGGCAAAAUGGAUUUAUCUACGAUAUUUCUCCAUUACUUAUGGCUCGGACCACUGGAAACAAUUGUGAUUACAUACUUCAUGUAUCAGCAGAUUGGAAGCUCGGCUUUUGUUGGCGUUGCUUUUCUCGUACUAUUCAUCCCGCUGCAAGGUUAUCUGGGAAAAAAAACUUCGAUAUUACGAGAAAAGACUGCAGUCAGGACGGAUGAGAGAAUUCGAUUUAUGAAUGAGAUUAUCAAAGGAAUACAAGUUAUUAAAAUGUACACUUGGGAGAAACCGUUUGGUCUGCUGGUGGCGAAGGCUCGAAAACGAGAGAUAAAGAUGGUUCGCUACGGCACUUACAUUAUUGGAAUAAUAAUCUCAUUUAUGAUGUUCGUAACAAGGUUCUCGAUUUUCUCGAGUCUUGUGGCGUAUGCUCUUCUAGGACAAGUUCUAACAGCUGAGAAGGCAUUCGUUAUAACAGCUUACUGCAAUGUUCUGCGAAAUGCUAUGACAGAUUUUUUCCCAAAAGGAAUCUCGACUCUUGCCGAAACACUUAUUUCCUUUAAAAGGAUUCAGAAGUACAUGCUGUAUUCCGAAACCGAACUCGAAGCUGAUGAGAAACAAGCGAAAUACAAAGCAAAAGUGGUAGAACUUAAAGAGAUAAAAUCUAAAAAACAACCUGAGGAAAAUCAAAUAUCUUUGGAGUUAGCGAAUGUAAAAGCUAAAUGGGAUCCUAAACAUUCUGACUACACUCUCAGUGAAAUCUCCUUCCAAGUGAAAUCUGGAGAGUUGGUUGCUAUCAUUGGACCAGUUGGUGCCGGGAAAUCUAGUAUUUUUCAGGCAAUUUUAGGAGAGCUUCCUAUUGAAUCAGGUAGUAUUCACACAUAUGAUUCGAUAUCAUACGCAUCUCAGGAGCCAUGGCUUUUUGGCAGUACCAUUCAACAGAACAUACUUUUCGGUGAAGCCAUGGACCGGAAUCGAUAUGAAGCUGUUAUCGAGAAAUGUGCUUUAGACCGAGACCUCAUAUUACUACCAGCAGGGGACCAAACAAUCGUUGGUGACAGAGGAGCAUCCCUUUCAGGAGGACAGAAAGCCCGAAUUAGUUUAGCUCGCGCAGUUUAUCGUCAGAGCGGAAUUUAUCUUCUUGAUGAUCCUCUGAGUGCUGUAGAUACUAAUGUCGGAAAGCAUCUUUUCAAUCAGUGCAUCCGAGGUUUGUUAAAGGAAAAAGCAGUCAUCUUGAUUACGCAUCAACUUCAAUAUCUGCAACAAGCUGAUAGGAUCAUUAUAAUAGACCAUGGUAAAAUAAGUGCUACCGGAACCUAUGAAGAAUUGCAACUAUCUAAAGUGAACUUUGCGCAAUUGCUAUGUAGUCCUGAAGAAGAUGCUAUGGAAGAAGUCAACAAUCCUGCGAAGGAAAUGACUGUUGUUCGGAAGGAAGCCCAUAUUGGGACCAAAAAAGCUAAUGGAGCGGAAACUGGACCAGACACACGAAUGUUGGUUAAGGAGACACAGAAGACUGGAUCGAUAGGGUUUCAAUUGUACAUUAAAUAUUUCAAAUCUGGAGGUGGAGUUGCUGUUUUUUGCACAGUUAUGUUUUUCUGCAUUGCAGCUCAAGUACUGGCUUCAGGAAGUGAUUAUUUCCUCGCAUAUUGGGUCAACAAGGAAAAACAAGUCAGCGUGAAUACCAGCGUAACUAACAACACAACGCACCAGCCUGAUCCAAUGACUGCACCUACUGAAAGAAGCACAUGGGAUAUCUGGGUCUUCACCGGCUUAAUUCUCGGCACCAUAGUAGUAACGUUGAGCAGAAGUUUCCUGUUUUUCCACAUUGCAAUGAAAGCCUCAAGGAACCUUCAUAAUGCAAUGUACAGCGGGGUCGUGCAUGCGACCAUGCUAUUCUUUCACACAAAUCCGGUAGGCCGAAUACUAAACCGAUUUUCCAAAGAUAUGGGACAAGUUGAUGAACAACUGCCAGCUGUUAUGAUUGAUGUGAUACAGGUUUUCCUUUCGCUGGUAGGAGUUGUGAUUGUCAUUUCCAUAGUCAACCCUUGGUUUUUAAUACCCACUAAAAUGAUGAUUUUCUUUUUCUACAAACUACGGAACUUCUACUUGCAAACAGCAAGAAAUGUUAAACGAAUGGAAGCUGUAACCCGGUCACCAAUUUUCUCUCAUCUUUCCGCUUCCCUGAGUGGUCUGCCAACUAUUCGUGCUUUCCAAGCGCAGAAAGCCCUCAUUAGAGAGUUUGACAUACAUCAAGAUUCUCAUAGCUCCGUAUUCUUCGCUUUCCUUGCUACAACACGUGCCUUUGGGUUUUGGCUAGACUGCAUUUGCGUUGCCUACAUUGGGAUAGUUACCCUCAGCUUCUUUACAAUGGACAAAGAAACCGGAGGAAACGUGGGACUGGCCAUCACCCAAGCUCUGAGUAUGACGGGCAUUGUCCAAUGGGGAAUGCGACAAUCUGCAGAGCUUGAGAAUUUAAUGACUGCAGUGGAAAGAGUCAUUGAAUACGAGUCAAUUGAAGGUGAAGAAGAUGAAAGCCUGUCCCAAAAACAGAUACCACCAAAAGAUUGGCCCCAAAAUGGUCACGUUCAAUUCAAAAAUUUAUCACUGCGAUACUUUGCUGAUCCCGAUUCUGACCUCACCCUCAAGGAACUUAAUUUUGAGAUUAUGCCUAGUGAGAAAGUUGGAAUCGUAGGACGUACAGGUGCUGGGAAAACCUCCUUGAUCAAUGCUUUGUUCCGUUUAGCGUAUAACGAAGGAGCGAUUAUCAUUGACGGAGUCGACACAACAUAUCUGCGACUAAAUUCAUUACGUGCCAAAAUUUCAAUCAUACCCCAAGAGCCUGUGCUAUUUUCGGGCUCUAUCCGCUAUAACCUUGAUCCCUUCGCAGAGUAUUCGGAUUCAAGAAUUUGGGAAGCAUUGGAUGAAGUUGAGUUAAAAAAAGUCGUUACAGAUUUACCUCAUGGAUUACAAAGCAAAGUGACUGAGGGAGGAAGUAAUUUUAGCGUUGGACAAAGGCAACUAUUUUGUUUGGCACGUGCAAUAUUAAGAGAGAACAAGAUCCUUGUUAUGGAUGAAGCCACGGCUAACGUAGACCCGAAAACUGAUUCCUUAAUCCAAUCUACAAUAAGGCAAAAGUUUAAUCUUUGCACAGUAAUAACAAUUGCUCAUCGUUUACAUACGGUUAUGGAUUCUGACAAAAUUUUGGUAAUGGAUGCAGGUCGAGUUGUAGAAUAUAACGAGCCUUAUGUUCUUCUGACGGGAACUGAGUCGAACAUAUUUCUACAAAUGGCCAAGGAAACUGGAAAAUCAACUUUUAAUAAUUUACUAAACGUAGCCAAGAAGGCUUAUGACGCGAAAAAGAAGAAUAAAUAAAAAGAGAUUCCGCCUCGCGUCUAUAAUAAUUUACAAAUUUACAAAAAAUGUGAUAUUUUUACUUAAAUAAAUAUUUUCUGUUGUACAUUUC